CAUCUUAUGCAUCACAAUUUUAUCAUCAUCAUCAUCAACAACAACAACAGCAACAACAACAACAACAACAUCCGUAUUCAACAAAUAUUCGUUCUUAUACAACAUAUGAUCUUGAUUCUUCAUCGACAAAUUCAACACCAAAUGCAUCAUCUUCAUUUUUACCACAUUAUUCAACUCUUCAACCAGCUAAUUCAUCCUAUAUUCAUAUUCGAGCACCAUCACUUUCUCCACCGCCACCAUCAUCUGAACUCAAUUCUGAUAAAUCUCUUAUCAAUAAUACAAAUAAUUUUUAUUCAUCAGCACAAUUACAAACAACAUCACUUUCACAAGUUUCACCAACAAGCUCAAUUAUGUCAUCUUCAGCAGCUGGAUCAAGAUCACCCUCAAGUCAUUCAUGUGAUGAACAAUCCAAUUUAACAUUAACACCACAUAAAAAUGAUCAUCAUACAGGUACAACAGAUCCAAACUGUUCAUCACUACCUGGUACUGGUUCAUGUGAUGGUACACGACGUUGUCUUUUAUGGGCCUGUAAAGCUUGUAAACGUAAAACAGUUACUGUUGAUAGACGAAAAGCUGCUACAAUGCGUGAACGACGACGUUUACGUAAAGUCAAUGAAGCAUUUGAAACAUUAAAACGACGUACAUGUCCUAAUCCAAGUCAACGUUUACCAAAAGUGGAAAUUUUACGUAAUGCUAUUGAAUAUAUUGAAAAUUUAGAAGAUUUACUUCGUUCUGCUGGAGUUAGUUCACGACCAUUAAGACAUGAUAUAGAUCAAAAACCAUCAUCACAAAUAACAACAACAUCAAAUACAAAUAUGAAUACAAAUGAAUUAAUAAAAUCAAGAUCUUCAACGACAAACUACAGUGAAAAAUAUAAUAAUUCAACAACAACAGCAACAACAACUUCAACAACAGAUUACAGUAAUAAUUCAUCAACAACAUCUGUUUAUGGAACAAUGGAUAGUAAGUAA